AUAAAUUAAUGUUCAUAAAAAUGAUUCCUGUGACAUGUGUUUUGUCUCUAACAGAAAAACCUGAACCUGAACUCACAUCAGAUCUUAAAGGAGCUGCACUGACAGGAAACUCAGUGACUCUGUACUGUACACUGAAGCUGCAGUCUGCUGGAUGGAAGUUUUACUGGAGCAAAGACACACAGAGACGUGAAACUGAGACUGAAACAAAUCACUACUUUAUCAGAUCAGUCAGUGUCUCUGAUGGAGGUCAGUACAGAUGCAGAGCUGGAAGAGGAAACCCAGUCUACUACACACACUACAGUGAUGCACUCUGGGUAAAUGUUACUGAUAAAUCUGCUUCAGUGUCUCUGAUCAUCAAUCCCAGCAGAUCUCAACACUUUACUGCUGACUCUCUCUCACUGAGCUGUGAGGACCAGAGAGACUCUACUGGAUGGACAGUGAGACGAUACACACUCAAUCAGACAACUUUUAAUUGUUCAUCAGUUUCAGGAUCUACAUGUAACAUCAGCUCCCUCUCUCCAUCACACACUGGAGUUUACUGGUGUCAGUCUGAAUCUGGAGAACGCAGUGAUUCUGUCAACAUCACAGUACACAAUGGUGAUGUGAUCCUGACAGUCCUGUCCAUCCUGUAA